AUUGAAACCCUCAAAACCACUUUUCCACUCAGUAUUUGACUUUACUUUUCUCAGCCUUUGCUAAUUGUUGGUAAAUCGGAGUAGUGAAUUGCAUUCCAAAAUCCCAAUGGAGAUGGUAAGUCUUCAAAGAUCUCUUCUUUGCUUCUUAUUUCUGAUUGGAUCUACUAAACCUGAUGAUGUGACUAUUUCUGUGGAUCAGAGUUUUCCUUUGGCUGACCUAAUCAAAAUGCAAAAGCCUGGUUCUGAGAACAGUGAUUCCGGUGAGAGUAAGGAUGAAGAUGACAAUGACAAUGUUGAAAAAUCAGAGGAUGAGUAUGACGAUGAGUCAGAAGAAGGGAGUGAUAACGAGGAUGAUUCAGAUGAUGAUGUUUAUGGUGAUGAAGAAAGUGAUGAUGACGAUGACGAUGACGAUGAAGACGAUGAUGAAGAUGAUGAAGACGACGAUGACGAUGACGAUGACGAAGAUGAUGAUGAUGACCAAAGUUAUCAAAGGCUCAAGGCGCAUCGAGGCGUAAAGUGUCCUGGAGCCUUGAGGCACGAGGCGCAUGAAAGGCGAGGGAUUCAAGAAUGCGAGUGUCACUCUCCUCUAGCAUAA